ACUUUCCUUCCUUGAAUUUUCAACCUUUGAUCGUUAUCUUUUGUCACCUGUGUACCCCAUUUUCAUUGACGCUCUUCUGCUGCAGUAUCUGGUUUUCUUUGGCCCAAAGAUUCAAUCUUUUCUGCUAUGAAUUUACUAGUGACUACCAAGGUGGCUCAACUUUAUCCUUGAAAACGUUGCUUGGAUUGAGUAAUAUGUAUCGGCAUGUAGAUUUUUGGGAUUGGAUGCUCGGAUAUGACAAUAAUGUUCACUGUGGGUACCCUAUUGACACACAACAUGAUACUGUUGAGUUAUAUUAUGGACAUUAUAGAGGUUAUGAUGACACAGAGUACAACCAAACAGAAAAUGAUGACACAGUGUACAACCAAACAGAAAAUGAUGAGGUUAUUGCUCGCACCCUUCAAGAAGAGUUUUCACAGCUAGCAAUUGCUGAAGCUUCUGAUUUGUCAAAUUCUGGAGAAGAGCAAGUACAAACAUUUAGUGACGCUCCUGAUUGGCAUAAUUCAUCAGCAGUGAACUACUAUUCUGCACAUGCAAGCUAUGACUAUGGCCAAAAUGAACAUGGUUCAUGCUCCAGCCCCAAUGAUUCAGAAGAGUAUUCCUACUCUUUAGAGCCAACUGAUGGAUAUUUAAUAGAUGAUGAAGUCGGCCAGAGGUUAAGUCAAAUGGUUCAGAUACCUUAUGUUCCCAGAAUCAACAGAGAAAUACCAUCGUUUGAUGAAGCAACUUCAGAUCACGAAAGGCUGUUGAACAGAUUACAGUUGCACAACUUUGUUGAGAACAAGGUUCAAGGAGAUGGCAAUUGUCAGUUCCGUGCUUUAUCGGAUCAAUUAUAUCGAACACCUGAGCAUCACGAAUAUGUGAGAAGACAAGUUGUGAACCAGCUUAAAUCUCAACGAGAGAAGUACGAAGGAUAUGUACCAAUGGAUUAUGAUGACUACUUGAAGAAGAUGUCACAGAGUGGUGAAUGGGGUGAUCAUGUCACACUGCAAGCAGCUGCAGACACGUAUGGUUCGAAGAUUUUAGUAAUAACCUCUUUUAAGGAUACUGGUUAUAUAGAGAUCGUUCCAGACUUCCAAAAAUCAAAAGGAGUUAUUUUCUUGAGCUUUUGGGCUGAGGUUCACUACAAUUCAAUCUAUUUUCAAGGAGAGGUCCCUGAGGUUUCAAAGAAGAAAAAAUGGUGGAGUUGGAGCCUUUGAGGAACUGAAAAGGAAAAUAAGGCAGAAGCCUAUCACAGGGUCCAUUUUUAUUGUAGAAAUGACAUUUUAUUAUCUUCUUACUGCACUUGUUUGCCAGAAAAAAUGUGCAGAUAAAGAUAAAAAUUUUACUCUCUUUAUUUAUUUUUAAUAAAUUUAAUUUAACUUUUUUAACUUUUAAAAUAUGAAUUUUAAAUAAAAAUUUAAUAAUUUA